UGUCACUUUUAACAAUUUGUUAGGUUAAAUUGUAAAAUUUAUGAUUUAUGAAUAUAUCAAUAUAUUUAUCAAUGUAUCAACGUGACAGUUUAUAUUGACUAUCUUAUCUCUAAACGAAACAUAUUCCAACGUAAAUUAUUAUGUAGAGAAAAGACCCACAAAAUAAAAAUACAAAUAAUGGUUCGUCAACGAAGAUCUCAGAUCACUUCGGACAGUAAUAAGGCCGAUAAAGGCACAAAUAGCAGCAGUAGCAAUGGAAGUAGUACUCCAAAAAUUAAAUCUUCGGAUUCUAGUAAUAUUUUAGGUUAUUGGAAACAAUUUGUUGUUAUUAUAGUUCUUAGUAUAGCAGUAUGUUUUGGGUAUUUAGGAUAUUUGGAAACUAGGAUAAAUACCCCGUUUGAUGACAAAAAGGUAGUUACUAGAAGUGGUUUAGAUGUUCCAGAGUUAUUUUGGGGAAGUUAUAGACCUGGGACGUAUUUUGGUUUGAAAACUAGGGAUCCAGCAUCUUUAGUUACUGGUUUGAUGUGGUAUUUUCCUCAGAAAUUGCGACCUGGAGGUGAUGGUAUAAGGCACUGGUGUGAACAGGGUGACAACCUGCAAAAAUAUGGCUGGUUACAACAUGAUGGUGAUAAUUUUGGUGUACAAGAAAUCAUUGAUGGGCCUUUUAAAUUAGUAACUUCAUUUGUUAAAAGGCCUGAUGGCGAAAAAGGAGGAGACUGGUCUGCCAGAAUAGAAGUUGAUUUUGUGAGAAGCAAUAUCGAAAAAAAUGAAGCGGUGUCUCUAAUUUGGUACGUGGCCUUAGACGAAGAGACUAAAGGCUUCAUAGAACCCACCAAUUCUGCUACGAAAAUUACUGGCAUCAGAGGAAGGACAUCUACUUUGGGCGACUUUACGUUGAAAUUCCGGAAUAUUUCGGGUAUUUUGGAGAACGAAUCUUUUUUGAGCACGACAGCUCCAGGAUUACAUCUGCUUAAAGAGUCUGUGAUAUCGUCGUUGAGGCUUUCUCGAGCUGACAGUCCUACUGCGCCUAGAAAAAUAAUAUUGGCAGGGGAAUUACCGGCAUAUGUCGGCAACCAAAAGAUAGAACCUAACUUAAUAGCCAUACAAUUAACCGGUCAACUGCCAUUCGUUGUCGAUGUUAUUUAUCAAAACGGAUUCAAGAAACAGGAAAGUUUGAGCGGAGAUGCUUACACGAAAGCUUUGGAUUCGCAUCGCAAGGGUUUUUCUGAAAAGUUCGAGAGAAUUUUCAACCUCAAAGCAAAAGGAUAUGAUCAAAAAAGUAUCGAUUUUGCGCAAGCAGCCUUAAGUAACAUGGUUGGAGGUAUAGGGUAUUUUUAUGGGGCCUCCAAAGUUCAAAGUAAUUAUGUUAAAGAACCGGUCUACUAUUGGAGAGCGCCACUUUUCACGGCUGUACCUUCAAGGAGUUUCUUUCCGCGCGGUUUCCUCUGGGAUGAAGGCUUCCACGGUUUGCUAAUUUCCCAAUGGAACCUCGACACCGAAUUGGACAUCAUCAGUCACUGGUUCGACCUCAUCAACGCCGAAGGAUGGAUAGCCAGAGAGCAAAUUCUCGGCGUGGAAGCCUUAGCAAAAGUCCCCAGCGAGUUCGUCGUUCAAAGAAACACCAACGCCAAUCCUCCCACGUUCUUUUUGACGUUAGAGAGCAUUUUGAAUAGAAACGAGGAGGAUUUGAAUGGGGAACGGUUCAGGUUGCUCGAGAGGCUGUAUCCUAGAUUGCAGGCUUGGUUUACUUGGUUUAAUACUACCCAGAAGGGUCCUUUACCGGGUUCUUACAGAUGGCGCGGUCGAAACGGACAGACCAAUAGAGAGUUGAAUCCUAAAACGUUGGCUUCCGGUUUGGACGACUAUCCCAGGGCCUCGCAUCCUACAGAUGAAGAGAGACAUAUUGAUUUGUACUGUUGGAUGGCUGUAGCAGCGAAGACUAUGGCACGUUUGUCGAAUGUAUUGGGCAUUGACGGACACAAAUAUGAACAAACUGCAGAUUAUUUGUUAGAUAACGAACUCAUGGACAGCCUUCAUUGGUCAGAAUACGCCAAAAUUUACGCCGAUUACGGUCUACAUACCGACGCUGUGAAGUUAGAACGGCCUAGACCUCUACCCAGAUCUCAAAAUCAAAAUCUCGAAAUGCAACGGGUUGCUUUUAAAACACCGGAAUACCGUUUGGUGGACUCCACUUUGGGCUACGUCAGUCUCUUUCCCUUUUUAUUACAAAUACUCGACCCUGAGUCACCAAAAUUGGAAAAAAUUCUGGAGAACAUUCGAAAUCCUGAGCUACUAUGGACGCCGUUUGGUCUAAGAUCGUUAUCGAAAAACGCCCCGAUGUAUAUGAAACGAAAUACCGAGCACGACCCUCCGUAUUGGCGUGGACAGAUUUGGGUCAACGUCAAUUUUCUGGCAGCGAGAUCGUUGCAUCAUUAUUCCAAAAUCGAAGGACCAUAUCGAGAAUUAUCUGGGAAAAUCUACAAACAGCUCAGAGAGAACAUCAUCAAGAACGUCAUGCAGCAAUACUACAAAACCGGGUACAUUUGGGAGCAGUACAAUGAUAAAACUGGUGAAGGUAGUGGGUGCAGACCGUUCACCGGUUGGACUGCUCUAGUAGUCGUCCUCAUGGGGGAGCAUUACUGAAUUUGCCACAUUUUUGAAUACAAUUCCAAUAGUGGUAUUUAGUUUCUCUUUCUCUACAUUAGAUGUCAUUUGACAAUGUCAGAUAUUAUUUGACAAUGUUAGAUGUCAUUUGUCAAUGUUAGAUGUCAUUUUUUUCAAUGUAAGAUGUCAUUUAUUAGUCAGAUGUCAAAUGUUAUUUUUCGAUUGUAAAGGGCUGACUCCACCGUUGUGUUAAAUGAAGAUUAAAAUGACAUUUUUACAUUAAUAAUUUCCUUUAAAUCUUCGUUUAGUAAUUUAAACUUCGUUUAACACAACUGUGGAAUCGGCCCUAAGUUACCUACAUAAAUAUUUUCUUUUCAAUAAAAUUAUUAUAAUUAUUAAAUAUUUUUUGCCUUAGAAAAUGUAAAUUUUUAAUUUGGUACUUAAUAAAUUAAUUUUUUGAAUUGAAAUGUUUGAUAAAAAAAGAAAUUGUAAAAAUGUAAAUAUUACGAAGCUUGUUUUCGAAAAAAUAAGUUAGGA